ACCCUCCAGUUGCCAUGAUGGAAUGCUGAUGGACACUGUAAAUACAACAGCACAGCGUGAUAGACACCAUGUUUCACAAUGUCAGAUAAAAACCAGAGAGACUCAGAGGAAGACGAAGAUGAGGACAGUGAAAGUGGAUCAGUCGGACAGCACAGCUCAUCUCUCACCACUUUCUUCAACAAUUUAUUUUCAGGUUUUCUUCAGAACUUGGGCUGCCUUCGAAGCGCUGCCAACAUGUUGAACAUCCCGACCCAGUCCUUCCCAGCUCCGAGCUCCCAGCAGCGGGUCGCUCCGUCCGGACAGUCCGGGAGAAACAAGGUGGCUCUGAAGCCGGGCCAUAGUCUCAUGGACUGGAUCCGCUUUGCCAAAAGUGGCAAAGAUCUGACCGGUCUGAGAGGGCGUCUGAUUGAAGUUACCCAGGAGGAGCUGCAAAAACACAACACAAGAGACGACUGCUGGACAUGUAUAAGAGGUAUGGUUUAUAACGUCACUCCUUAUAUGGACUAUCACCCUGGGGGAGAGGAGGAGCUGAUGAAGGCUGCUGGCAUAGAUGGCACUGACCUAUUUGAUCAGGUCCAUCGGUGGGUAAACUAUGAGUCCAUGCUGAAGGAGUGUUUGGUGGGCAGGAUGGCCACUAAAGCCACCACAGCACUUAACGCCAUCCUCCCUCCCCCUGCUCCCACUGGCCUUGCCCCAGCUACCUCAGUGGCUCCUCCACCAGACAAAGACAGCCGGCCACGGUACGACUGGUUCCAAACUGAUGUGACUGUUCAUCUUGUUGUUUACGCGAAAAGGAAGAUUCCCAACUCAGGCUGUACCAUUGUUGACCUGGAGGCAGGUGUUUUACGACUUGAAGUGCUUCUGCAGAAAAUGUCUUAUAUGAUACAUUUACGUCUUGCUGAAGAAGUUGAGGGAAAUGUUUCAGUCCACACAGCAUUUGCAGUAGGGAAGAUCCAAGUCACGAUACGCAAACAGGCGAAAGGAAAAUGGGCGAGUCUCGGACAACCGCUGGAAUUCCACAAUACUUUUCUACGCAAGAAAGACAGAGCUGUCUACUAUCGGGAUUGUGAGUUAGUAUCUAAGACUGAAGUAAACCACAACACACAUCUGUUCAGACUGAAACUUCCCCGUGGAACCGUCAUGCAUGUGCCUGUGGGAAAACACGUCUACCUCAAAGCCCUCAUUCAAGAUGCUGAGGUAGUGAGACCGUACACUCCUGUAGAUCAGACUCUGUCAGCAUCUUCCCAGCGCUCUGCACAGGACUCAGACCUCUACCUCAUGAUCAAAGUCUACCCCGACGGAAUGUUCACCCCACAUCUUAACAGCCUCAGCACUGGUGACUGUGUAUCUGUAAGUGGUCCAGAGGGCACCUUCAGUCUCCGCCCCCUCCGUGAUGUCACAGAUCUCUACCUGUUAGCAGCAGGUACAGGGUUUACACCGAUGGCGAGAGUUAUCCAGGUGGCCCUACAGGACAUAGAGACGGUCAGAAAAACCAAGCUGCUUUUUUUUAACCGCCGUGAGGAGGACAUUCUGUGGCGCUGUGAACUGGAUGAACUGGCUGCUCAUGAUGAAAGGUUUCAGGUGGAGUAUGUCCUGUCUGAACCCUGUGAGAGCUGGAGCACCAGGAAGGGCCACGUAGAUGAGUCCAUGCUGAAGGACUUCCUCCAGAGGCCAGAGGGGUCCAAAUGUUAUGUAUGUGUGUGUGGUCCCACAGCUUUUACAGAGCUGACAAUAGGGUUGGUGAAGCAGCUGGGUUUCACAGAACAGGAGAUCUUCGCCUUCCAGGGCUGAGGACCUCGUCCAAGUUCAGAUGUGCCUGCGAUGGAGAGAGCUGAGUUUAUUUAUAAACUGAAAAAAUGAAAGAGACAUUAUAUUUCUAUGCACCAAGGACCUGAUGACACUGGCAGCAGACACACAACACACACACAACACACAUGAAAUCCACAGUGCUGUUAGAGAAAAGACCUCGUAUCCUAAUGAUCGGUGACAGUAGGGCCAGUUUCUGGGAGUUUGUACAGGUCAACGGUAGCAUUUAGAGCGAAAAAAGAGAUUAUGUCAUGAGAUUAAGUAUAUGCAAGAUGCCUGUCCAUGAAUUUUAUGAAUUUUUAAUGGUUGUGAAUGCAUUUACAGGUAAACAGUUGUCAAGACUGUUGGGAAAUAAAAUGCAUCAUAGGAAAACUCCAGUUUUAUCCCCCAAAAAUUAGUCUUUAUGUAUAAUGAGACAUGUUUAGGAGUUUUUAAAGAGUAACUGCACACUUUGGAAACAUGAUGCAAUGUUGUGCCAUAGUUCAAUGUUACAUCAAAACUGCCCCCUGAAUUUUAUCACCCCUGUUAAAAAAGAAAUAGUUUGUGAAUGCACAGAUGACAAUCCCACUGUUAAAAGUAUGCAUGCAGUUCUGUAUACAGCCUUGG